AUGGCCCCCAUUCCCAACCGCAGCAACAACGGCGACAACUUCCGCUGCGAUGGUUACCCACGCCCGGGAGGCAUGAGCCAAACCCAAAUGGUCCAUCACUAUCUUGUCCACGAGAGCCUUUUCCACCUUCAGCGAGCCCAGAUGGCUUUGGGACGGGGCAGAAACCUUAUGCUUCAACUGCUGCAGAUCGAGAAAGACGCGGGCAGGAACGGGGACGAUCUGUCCAUGAUGUGCAAUCAAAUGGCCGCGUCCAACGGUAAACUGCAGGACAUGAUGGCCUCCGUGACCCAGAUGGCCGAGGGUUUGGUCCAGCGGAGCGUGUACGCUGCGAGGCUUGCCCAGCAGGCCAACACCAACGGCGUCGUUGCUGUCAACGGCACACACGUCCACUCUGCCGAAGCAGCCACGGCCGAGACUGAGGAGGCGUCGACUUUGAACGGCUCGGGGGAGCGCGGCCCCAAUGGUGCCCUGGCAGAAGAAGAAUAG